AUGCGUGAAGAUAGCAGCAGGGAAAAUGAAGAUGACUGGCUUAUGCAGACAUUAUAUGGAUGCAAUUAUGAGUUACAUUAUGAACAUGACACCUGCAUACAUAGCUGGGAACACAACACACAGACUCAGAAAGAGGAAAGCAUUAUACUGGAGGGAACCAAGUUAACUGAGGGAAUAGUUGAAGAGGGUAAACUGAGUGAUACCAAAACCCAGACAAGAGAGGAGCGAAUAAAGAGUCUGAAAGCUCUCCUUUGCAAGCACAAGGAAGAUAUUGAGAAGUUAUGGCCCGAUGCAAACAACGACAAGCAGAAAAAAUGUUCGGUGAUUGCCAGAAAUAGGAAAAUGAUUGCAACAAGAAGCAAUGUCUUCACUGAAGCAAAGGAUUACUCCAUAAAAAGAAGAAUUUGUAGAAGAAAAAGAAAGAGAGCUGAGCCUCAUACAAGUGGGGUAGUUAAUACCAGAGAUGUUGAUAUUUUGAUGAGUAAAGGAAACCUUAUGACUAAGGAUGAGUUCCUAGCUGUGCUAGGCCUGGUCCGAGUCACAAAACUUUAUUCAUUAUGA